GUAUUCAAUUUCUCAUAACAGCACACUCAAGAGGAUGCUCCGAGAACCAGUCAUAAUAGAUCUAACCCUCCGCCGUACGGUGAUAGAGGGCGACAUGUACCUCCUGCUGCUCCUAGGGAACGACGAGGCAAGAUAAACCUUCCACAACAGAUACAAACAAUAGAAUUUGAUGCUGUGAUGGAAGCACCGGUUCCUGGUCCUGAAGUGGUUCCAGGUUCUACCGGCAAGCCGUCUCAAUUCAGGAAGGAGGGUCCAUUUGAUCAGAAACCUGUCAGUCUUGUGGAGACACACACAUGGAAAACAAUGGACAAUACCUUCCCAACAGACCAGCAAUGGAAAGAAGUGCAGAAGAGAAAGAAGAAGAAAAAGUCUUCGCAGUCCUUUCUGAGUACCGACACCCAGGAUCGGAUAGGGGUGCAGCGAGCCAUCUACGGUGCCAGAGAGUGGGACAGAGACCGCGCCCCUCCAGAUUACGUCAAGGCCCAGAAGUCACUCAGGAAAAUUUCACAGACACCAAGUUCUGAUAAGAUGUCUCGCCUCCAGCCUCUUACCAAACAACUGCCUCUACUCUCCCAGCAGAGAUUAUCUCCUCCUACUCUGCCCUCACCAUCUCGUCUCCAUGGAGAUGAGACGGACAGUCACAGGCAUCAUCCCCACGCCCACCACCAUCACUCCAAAUCAGAGCCGGACCCCAGGACAGACCUCUUCACCUCCCACGCUCCCCUCAGGCCCAUCACCCCUGGGAAUGCCCUGGACACGCCCCGCCCUGCUGCGUCGCCGGAGCUACCCACCUACAGUCAGGCAAUCAGUAGGGGCACCAGACCGAGCACAAGGGGGUCAGAGGUUCGUGUCGUUAAGGAGACGUCAAUAUGAAAUAUCCAAUGUUGUGUGUUACCAUGUUGCCUUCAUAGACCCAUUUACACUCACACUUAAAGAGCGGUAUAAGCCAUUGAGUGCCCUUAAGUGAGUAUGAAUCCUUAAGGCGUGCUCUACCUGACCACCAUCCAAAAGUAGCCAGUGGGACUUUGUGCCUCUAAGAUGGAAUUGUUACAAUGUCCUGACUAUGAAAUGUGACACUGAACAGGGUUCAUUGCCAAUGUGAAACACCCCCUCACCUCCCCCAUCCGUGGUGUGAGAGGGGCAUGAGCUGAACCAGUUUGUGAAAACCAUGCUUGUAUACUUCCACACAGCGGUAAGCCUACCAAAGAGUCUGUUCUAGAGCUGAAUUAACCUCACUAUUUUGUCAGUUGCCUUCUGCUAGAAAGUGUUGAAUCUAUCUAGAGCUAAAUAACCCUGUCAUUUAGAGUCUAGGAUGAUUCAGUAGGCAAUCCAGCCAUAUAUUUCAAAUUGUUCUGUGAAAAGUUAUAUAUUUUAGAUUUGAACUGCUAUAAUUCCUGAAGAAAAAUUCUUGUUCAUGUGUUAUCACGAAUUGACAACUUCAUUGUGUCAUAUGCAUUUCUUAUUUCAUUAUUUUUUAUGAACAAUUUUAGUACAUGAUUUAAUUCACCAUAUUAAUUUAACCAAUUAUAGGGAUAAUCUUUACGAAAUCUUGGCGCAGAAACUAGUGUGAUAUGAUUCAUAUAAAAAAUGAUACAACAUUCAUGAUUGCCUUUGAAAUGAAACAACAACAACAACAAUGAAAUAGAAAUAAAA